CCACAUGACUGUUCGUCUCACGGUGCAGACGCGAUGUAAGCCUCCCCAUGAAUACCAGCGGGCUCCUCUUCACGGGGAUCUUGUUUUACCGUGUUCCUCCCGCUGAUAGAAACAGCAAGGCAACAGUUGACGGACCUUUUUUCUGUUAACCCAACGCAGUGGGAAAAGGGGGAGGGGGAGCAUUGGGGAUAACCACUGGAUGGGAGAGCGGUAGUCGCCUCUCUACAACCCCCCCACCCCCCCCUCGCUUCAGCUUCAUCAUCAUCAUCAUCCUCAUCAUCAUCAACGCGCUCAGCAACAUCAGCUUGAGCUUCACCAGGAGCUGGAGCUGCGUCCAUCGACGGCGCGCACAACAAAUAAGCAGCUCGCAUCUUCAGGAGACGCUCCACUCGCGGGGAAGAUGGGGAAAUGGCAGCUGCAGACGAGCAAACGUGAGAAGCAACAACUCAAAGGACAGCUUCAUUUAUGACACAGAUCGGACUGUAGGCACCGGAAGGAGAUAUUUAAACAGUAAGAGAUUAACUCCCCCAACCCCCCGCCACCUAAAGAACCAUGGAUGUAUCAUCCUCCUCGCUCCAGUACGGAUCAAAGAAGCGGGUUAAGAUUCACCCAAACACGGUGACAGUGAAGUAUGCCACCCACUACCCCCAGCCCGGGGACGAAGGGUACGAUGACGCUCCCUCCUUCGAGGAGUUUGGCACCUUCGCCGAGGCGAACGCGGGAAAGAGGUUGGUGUCAGACAGCAAAGGGGGCAGGACUUUCUUUGGAACCAUGGAGACACAGCCUAAGCAGCCAAGUGUGCAGAGAGACAAGGGCGUCGGGGGCCAGCUGGCCAGCUUCGGCGAGGCCAACGUGCUGGCCUCCAGGGUGACCUGGAUGGCCUUAUUCGGGGCCGCGGUGGCUCACGGGUGCGUGGCGCUGAUCACCCGCCUAGCGGCCGACCGCUCCAAAGUGCCCUCCCUCGAGCUGCUCUUCAUCCGCUCCGUGAUCCAAGUGCUGUCCAUCCUGGUGGUCUUCUACUACCACGAGGCGCCGUUCGGCCCCGCGGGCUACCGCCUGCGCCUCUUCUUCUACGGCGUGUGCAACGUCAUCUCCAUCACCUGCGCCUACACCUCGUUUGCCAUCGUACCGCCCAGCAACGGCACCAUCAUGUGGCGUGCCUCCACCACAGUCUUCAGCGCGAUCCUGGCCUUCCUGCUCCUGGACGAACGGCUGGCCUACACCGACGUGGUCACAGUGGUGGGCAGCGUGUUUGGCCUGUGCCUGGUUAUGGUGCCAAAUGUAGCCAGCGAGGACAAGUCCCGGCUGGGCUUUUGGAAGGAAGCCUUUGGCUACACAAUGACAGUCAUGGCCGGUUUGACCGCCGCCCUCUCCAUGAUCGUCUACAGAGCCAUAAAGGAGCGGGUCAGCAUGUGGACAGCACUCUUUACCUUCGGCUGGACGGGCACGGUGUGGGGUGCCUCCACCAUGUUUAUCAUGCAGGAGCCCAUCAUUCCUCUGGAUGCGGAAACCUGGGGCUAUUUAAUCGGGAUCUGCAUCUGCUCCACCGUGGCGUUUCUCGGGGUGUACUAUGCUCUGAACAAGUUCCACCCGGCCUUAGUUAGCACCGUGCAGCACCUGGAGAUCGUGGUGGCCAUGUUCCUCCAGCUCAUCGUCCUGAGGAUGAUUCCGUCCAUUUACGACGUCGUCGGAGGCCUGGUCAUCAUGAUCAGUGUUUUCACCCUGACAGGAGUCAAGCUGUACAGGGUGAGCAGGGCCAUUCGGCAGGAUUACCAAGAGAUCCUGGACUCGCCCAUAAAAUAAGCUUAGAUACGUCUGUCUAUUUGUUUACACUGUUGCUUGGUUGUUCAAUUUAAAGAAUGUCUGAAUCUUGAUCUGAUGAUUUUGUAUUGUUGUGGUGUUGGAAGAGUGCCAGUUGUGUCGCUAGCGUCUUAAUAGCUGUGUGUGAACUAAGAGAAAAAUGUGAUACGGUGACAAUUCCCCCUCCCUGUGAAAUCAAUGCUUUCAUUGUCAAGUCAUCACAGACCAAAAUGUCUGCAGAAACGCAGGACUCUGUCUGAUUUGUGUGCUUUAUUUUGCUCCAAGAAUUAAAAUCCGAUCCCAUGAGUGGCACUGUAAGACGAUUAUUUAAUGAUACUCACCUUUUAUGAUCAUGAUAUCAUCAAGGCGUGUCUUGUCCCUCUGUUAUCACACUGCCACACUGUGUAAAUGUCAGCCAAGAAGUAAUUCAUACGUACAAGGAAUGACAGAAUAAAAAUAAAUACCACCAAUGUUUCAUAAA